AUCCAGAUUGUAGAAAGAUAUCGUAGGGGAGUGUGGACGCACAGUAACUGUCAACAAUCGGGAACUGUCAUAAUACACUUGGUCUCAAUUAAAACAGUGUAAAUAUUGUCGUGCCGGCCUUCAUUCGUGCAUGCAAAUCCUAUCGCAUUCGAAAUAGCAGUCGAUUCCAUCUCUUUUGAUCUUGAAUGCCAGUGAAACAUGCAAUCGUUUCGCGCUACGUUUCCUUCCGUGUCCCGGGACUUGCUAAAUUGGUUCCCUGGUCAUAUGGGCAAAGGAAUGAAGCAGAUGCAACAGAAAUUAAAACUUGUUGACUGCGUGAUAGAGGUGCACGAUGCUAGAAUACCGCUUACAGGGCGUAAUGCUGAAUUCAAGUACACCAUUAGCGGCGCGAAACCACACAUACUAGUGCUUAACAAGCGUGAUCUUAUCGACAAGCGGGCUGAAAGCACCAUUAUCAAACGACUGCAACAGGAUGAUUAUGAGGCUAAACAUACACUAUUUACAAACUGCAAAAUCCAAAACUGUAGCGGAUUACGGAAGCUCAUGCCCUUGGCGCAAGAUCUUAUCAGUGGUUCAGACCGAUUCAACCGUGCGAAUCAGCGAGAGUUUUGCAUCAUGAUAAUCGGUGUUCCCAACGUGGGCAAGUCAUCGCUGAUUAAUGUGCUUCGAAACCGCCAUCUAAACAAGAAAGGUGCUAGCCAAGUGGGAGCCAUCCCUGGCGUUACGAGAAGCGUUCUGAACCGUAUCAAAAUAUGCGAGGAUCCUCCAAUUUACCUGUUGGACACCCCUGGUAUUUUGGAGCCAAACAUUGCUGAUGCUGAAACUGGCCUACGCUUGGCACUAGUCUCCUGCUUGCAGGAUCACCUUGUCGGCGAGGAGCUAAUAGCCGAUUAUCUUCUUUUCCUAUUGAACAAGCAGCAAAACUUUCGCUACGUCCAAGUGAUGGGCUUAAAAGAGCCGACGGAUUCGAUAGCCAACGCCUUGAUGGAGAGUGCAAUUUACUUGGAACGUACAAUCCGUACAAAACAACUCGAUGGCACGGAAGUCAUUCGCCCUGAUGUGGCUAUGGCGGCUAAAUUCAUGAUUAAAUCGUUCCGAACUGGUGCAUUUGGAAAAGUGCUGCUCGAUGAGGAUAAAAUUUUCAUCAACCGGUAAUUGGUAAAGCGUGCUUAUAAUGCUGUUAGUAGUAUCUAAUAAAGUAUAAUUUA